AUGUCAUUUCUAUCAUUUCUUUUCAAAAAGAAGCAGAUGAAUGUUUUGAUGUGUGGGUUGGACAACGCUGGGAAGACAUCACUUCUUUUGAAAAUGCAAGGCGAAGACCCCAAAAGUGUUGGGACUAAACCGACAGUCGGCUACUUAAAUCCCUGUUUUAAAUACAAAACGUACGAAUGGCUCUUUUGGGACGUUUCUGGAGCAGCAAAAUUCAGAGGGUUGUGGCGUUCGUAUUAUCCAAACUGUAGGUGUGUCUCGUUUGUUAUUGAUUUGGCAGACUCAGAACGAACUGACGAGGCAAUCGACGCACUCAAAAACAUGUUAAAAGACCCGGAAAUCAAGGACUUGCCUUUCCUCAUUUUGUUGAAUAAAACAGACCUCAAAGCACACGACAAAGCAAUCGACGAGAAAAUCGGACUCAACGAAACGCUCAGCAAGAGGUGCAAGAUCUUUGCUUGUUCGGCGUAUUCCGGCGAGGGCGUUUUCGAGGGUCUCGACUGGCUCUGCUAUACUAUGAAAAAAAAUUCAAAGAAAUGA